AUGCUGCUCAACGAAGUCGUACCUUUUCUCGUGCAGUACUGGCCUGCCGUGCUCGGCACGGUAGUCGUCAUCCACCUCCUCCGAAAUAAGUUCAACAAAGGAUUGCACAAGUAUCCGGGACCUGCUCUUGCGGCGUACACAGACUGGUGGCGGCUGUUUGAUGUGUGGGGCCGGAAGACGGAGCAAACGCAUAUUCACCUUCAUGAGAAGUACGGAGACUUUGUCAGGUUGGGCCCGAACGUCAUCUCCAUCGCGGAUCCGAAGGCCAUCAAGACCAUCUAUGGCUUGAACAAGGGCAUGACGAAGGUGAGAGGAACCCGUAUCCAUGACUCGAACUCGAGGCUUACAGAUGAGCAGUCCGACUUCUACCCCAUCCAACAAGCCACAGCUGGAGGCCACCGCGUUUGGUCUCUCUUCUCCACCAAGGAUGAGGACUGGCACGCAAAGUACAGGCGCUGCAUCAACGGCGCCUUCGCCAUGAGCGCCCUCGUUUCGUACGAACCGCUCGUGGAUUCGACCGUCAACUACUUCCUCGACCAGACGGACAAGAUCUUCGCAUCGACGGGCAACGUGUGCAACUUCAACCGCUGGCUGCAAUUCUUCGCCUUCGACGUCAUCGGCGAGCUGACGUGGAGCAAGCGUCUCGGCUACGUCGAGAAGAACGAGGACGUCGACGACAUCGUCAGCUUCCUGGGCAAGUUCCUGAGCUACUGCGCCGUCGUGGGGCAGCAGCCGUGGCUGGACCUCCUCAUCGACAAGAACCCGAUCAAGCUGGCGCUCCAGCGCUACGGCAUCAUCGGCAAGGUCUUCCCCAUCACCAAGUUCGCCCUGACCCGCCAAGCCGAGCGUGCCGGCGAGAUAGAGAAAAUCCGUCAACACGGCCUCGACGAGAAGAAGGGUAGUAGCAUCGACCUGCUCAGCAAGUUCACGGGCGCGCUGCACGACCACCCGGAGUUCAUGACGGACCGCAUGGUGCUGGCGGCGUCGGUCAGCAUGGUCUUUGCCGGGUCCGAGACGACGGGCAUCAGCCUCAGCGCGGCCUUCUACUACCUGCUGAAGCACCCGCGCGUCUACAAGAAGCUGAUGGACGAGCUGGACGAGGCCGUCCGCAACGGCACCAUCGUCGACCGCGAGAACGGCGCCGUCACGUGGGCCGAGGCCCAGAAGCUGCCGUACCUCGACGCCGUCGUGCAGGAGACGUUCCGCAUGCAUCCCGCGGCGGGGCUGAUGCUCGAGCGCGUCACGCCCCCGCAAGGCAUCAACGUCUGCGGGCGGUUCAUCCCGGGUGGCACGAUUGUCGGAUGCAAUGCGUGGGUGCUGCACAGGCGGCCCGAGGUGUUCGGCGAGGAUGCGCACACGUAUCGGCCGGAGAGGUGGUUGGAGGCCGGCCCGGAGAAGCUGAGGGAGAUGAAGGCGACCAUGUUCCAGUUCGGCGGCGGGUCGCGGACGUGCCUCGGGAAGAACAUCAGCUUGUUGGAGAUUUACAAGCUGGUGCCGAGUUUCCUGAGGAGGUUCGAGGUCGAGCUCGAGUACCCCGGCCAGGAGUGGAAGACGCAGAACCACUGGUUCGUCCGCCAGGUCGAGUUCAACACCAAGUUCAGGCCCAGGCCGCUCCACGCUACCGUUUAG